AUGAUGAACAGGAAGGGGGCAGAGUUUCCAAGCAACCUGCACAUCCUGCCUCUUGAUGUCACUGAUGAGGGCUCCAUCCAGCAGGCAGCCAAUCAGGUGCAGCAGCAGCAUGGAGGAGGACUAGACCUGCUGAUCAACUGUGCCGGCAUCCUCCAUCCCAGUGGCAGGGGGGAAACCAGCCUCCGGGACGUCUCUUCUCAGAAGGGAACAGGAGCAUUUGGCCAACAUGCAUCGAACAAGCAGACGCAUACUGCAGUGAUGGCCAACAUAUCAGCCAAGGUUGGCUCCACAACAGACAAUGGCCUUGGUGGUUGGUACUCCUACCGUAUGUCCAAGUGUGCACUGAACAUGGCUACUAAGAAUCUCAGCAUUGAGCUCGGCCGUGGCAGAAACAAGGUGAUCUGUGUCAGCCUGCACCCUGGUACAGUCGACACAGACCUCUCCAGGCCAUACCACAAAAAUGUACCAGGUGACAAGCUGUUCUCCACAGAGCGGUCAGUGCAGUACCUGAUGGACAUUGUGAAUGGACUGACCAUGCAGCACACAGGCAAAUUCUUCACCUGGGAGGGGAAGGAGAUGCCAUUCUAGUGGUACAAUACCACAUAUGACUGGACAUGAACUUCACAAACUCUCAGGAAGUAUUUGGGUGACUGUUCAGGUUCAGUUGGGAGGCAUUAAGGGACUUGAUAUUUAAGAUACUAUUUAAGCUGUUGACUGUCUUCCAAGAAGAAAAGAGCCUGUAUAUAGUUACAGGUAGUAGCCUAUGUAGCCCUGUGGUUAAUGACCAUGCCUCUGGAGUCUGGACCAAGCCUCAAAAAGCAUGUCUAUAUUUAUGGAAGGGAAGAAUCAUGUAGAUGAUGUCAACAAAUUGUAAUGUGGAAUGACCCAUUGCCAUACCAAUAAAGAUGAAAAGCAGACACAGAUUUUGAAAAAGAUUGUGUAUUGCUGUAUUUAAACUACAAGAUUUUUUGUGUGUUCCACAUUAGACAUGGUAUUGGUAUUAUCCCAAACAAUCCUAUCUUGAGUACAUAACAACAACUCUGCAGAAGAAUCUGAAUAAAUUUGUUGCUUUCUAAGAGUGCCUUUCUUAAAUUUUCUGUCACUAAAUCCCUAGUAUAGAAUUUACACUGGACAGAUGCAAUACUAGCGGUACAACUCAGUAUCCCAGAAAAAAAUUAAAACAUCUAUCACUACAUUGUAUUGAUAAGUAGAUAGAACAAUCCUCUGCAAACAUGAAAAUAUACUUUAUCCAGUUCAACUCUUUACAUCCACCAACAAAAUUUAUACAUCAGUACACUAUUAAAUGCAAUCUUCAACCUCUCUGAACUGAAUCAAUAAUGGAAAUAUCCUCUCUAGCCUCCAACAGAAAUAUAUUACAUUUGACCAUCUAUAUACAACAUAAACUACUGAGCAGUAAAACGUGCAACUUAAAUUUCUCUGGCAGCUCUGUUUCUAGUCUCUUCCACAAAUAACAACAGUCAACUUACAGGUUGUUACAGAAUGGAAAGUUAUCACAAAAUUUUAAGAUGAUAAUUUGCACUCUGGUGAAUUGAUGGUUGCUCCAAUGCUUACUCUCUAUUCACAAGGAUGGUACUCAGGCUACAGCUCACAUUAGUCUCUACAGGACCUCUUGGAAAAAUGGUAGAAUGGGCCCAAAUAAGGGGAGUAUUUUCUCAGAGGGCUUGACUAAUCAUUGGAGUACAGUUGUCAAUGACUGGCUUCUCUGGCCAAUUUCUACUACCCCCGGGUAU